GCUGUCCGACUUCAGGCGAGCUUUUUGAGACCUCCCCCGGCUGCGAUCGGCUAUUCUCGUCUACUUUCGAGGCGAGCCGCAGCUCGUCUCAAACAAGCCUAUUAACAUGGCGAAGACUUACGAUGACUUGUUUCAACUACUUUUAAUCGGCGAUUCAUGCGUCGGAAAGACCUGUGUGCUAUUCAGAUUUUCAGAAGAUGCCUUCUCCUCUUCGUUAAUCUGUACUAUAGGUAUUGAUUUCAAGAUCAGAACAAUAGAAUUAGAUGGCAAGAAGAUCAAGCUACAUAUAUGGGAUACAGCAGGACUCGAGCGGUUCAGGACCAUCACGACAGCCUACUACAGAGGAGCCAUGGGCAUCAUGUUAGUGUAUGACAUAACCAAUGAGAAGUCCUUUGAAAACAUCAAGAACUGGAUACGGAAUAUCGAAGAGCAUGCUUCAGCCGAUGUGGAGAGGAUGGUCCUUGGGAACAAAUGUGACGUCAACGACAAGCGACAGGUGUCCAAAGACCGAGGGGAGAAGCUGGCGCUCGAGUACGGUAUCAAGUUCAUGGAGACGAGCGCAAAGGAGAACAUCAACGUGGAGAAUGCCUUCUUAACCCUCGCCAGAGACAUCAAAGUGAAAAUGGACAAGAAGCUGGAGGGAAACAACCCGCAGGGCAGCAGUCAGGGAGUGAAGAUCACAAAACAGCCGAAGAAGAACAGCUUCUUCCGCUGCUCGCUGCUGUGAGGAGACGAGAGUCGGCAUCCACCAUCGCCUUAACGGAGUCCCACUGGACACAACUGGACAGAGCACACUCACCUCUUACCUUCCUUCACUUCGUCUUCCUCUCUUCUCUCCAUAUUAGGAAAAACAAAAGUGUAUCGCUCCCUUGACAACUGUGAAUCUAACUCCUGUGGCCUCCAUUAGUAAAUCUGUGUCUCUUUUUGUACGGUUGCUAAUUAGAUUCAUACGUCUUGAGAUUUUAUUGCCUUUUUUAAAGACUUCUUGUGAGACGAUCAAACCACUUUACUGCUCAUGAUAAUGUCUCCUCCUCUCUCGUUGAAGUCUUAUUUAUUCGAUCCUUAUCACUUAAAGUAGCCCAGAUUAUACCUCCAGAAAAGACUUACUAUUCCAUAUGGGCUUCCUUAUUCUGAAUAUAAUCAUCUGUCAAAUAUAUAUAGUCAGUGUUUCCCCUAUAUACAAAUAGUGGCGGCGCAGCACCGCUGCUGAAAUAUGUGCGCCGCUGCUAGGGGGUGCCAGCCAGGUACCCAAAAAAAAAAAAAAAAAAAAGAUUAUUUUUUACUUUUUUAUUUUUUAUUAAAAUAAUAAUAAG